AUAAUUAGCAAUUUUAACUUUGUAUUGAAUUAACAUGUUAAGACUGAAGAACUGACACAAAACAUAUAUAUAAUAUUAAAAAAACGAAACAAUAUUAUUAAUUUGGAAGUGGCGCUCUUUUCACCAGUUUUUGUGACCGAUUUUGACAUUUGUUUGACACUUUUGACAGACACAAUUGAGGCGCGUUGAGUUGAUUAUAUUUAUUUAUAUUUCUGCACUCCGUGAAAAUCGCAACCAUUGAUAAUUCCAGCAUGAAAGAAAAAGUGAGUCAGCCACAGAAUGAUUCAAAUUCUAAUUUAACAGAAGAUUCAGGAGACGAAGGGGAUGAAACUUCCAGUGUUGGGAGCACCUCAACAACGUCUAGAAGUGCUACACCAACAAACAGAGUCCGCAAGGGGCGACGAGGUAAAAAGAAAUACAACUCACAAAAAAUUUUGAAACCAAUUUACAAAUACACAUGUAGUAUUAAGGAAGAUCAUGGUCAGCCCUUGUUUGGCACCCAAUUCAAUCAUCAUUUGAAAGAGGGGCAACCUCUAAUUUUUGCAGCUGUGGGAAGCAAUCGGGUAACAAUUUAUGAGUGUCCUGAAGGAAAUGGCAUCAAACUCUUACAGUGUUUUGCUGACCCAGAUUUGGAUGAAAAUUAUUACACGUGCGCCUGGUCUUUUGAUGAAGACACAGGUAAACCCCUUUUGGCAGUGGCUGGUUCACGCGGGAUCGUACGAAUUUUGAACCCAACCACAAUGACUUGUAUACGACACUAUAUUGGACAUGGACAUGCAAUAAAUGAACUAAAGUUUCAUCCAAGGGAUCCUAAUUUAUUGUUGUCCGUGUCUAAGGAUCAUGCAUUGAGAUUAUGGAAUAUCAAGACUGAUGUUUGUAUAGCAAUUUUUGGGGGUGUGGAAGGCCAUCGAGAUGAAGUGUUAAGUGCUGACUUUGAUUUAUUAGGGGAUCGAAUAAUGUCCUGUGGCAUGGAUCAUUCAUUAAAAUUGUGGAAAUUGAAUAAGGAUGAAAUGAAAGACGCCAUUAAACAGUCGUAUCAGUGGAAUCCUAACCGAAGUACAAGACCUUUUGAUUCAUUAAAGGAACAUUUUCCAGAUUUUUCUACAAGAGAUAUUCAUAGAAAUUACGUGGAUUGCGUUAAGUACUUUGGCGACUUUAUACUUAGCAAAUCAUGUGAGAAUUGUAUAGUGUGUUGGAAACCAGGACGUUUGGAUGAUGAGAAUCUCAGAAAAGGGGAGACAACUUCGACUGUUAUACAUAGGUUUGAGUACAAAGAAUGCGAGAUCUGGUUUGUAAGGUUUGCCAUGGAUUUCUGGCAAAAGAUAUUAGCUCUUGGUAAUCAAACAGGAAAAAUAUUUGUCUGGGAUUUGGAUGUAGCAGAUCCUGCUCAUGCAAAAUGUUACACGCUUCAACACCCACGAUGUGUUACAGCAAUCCGCCAGACUAGCUUAAGCCGCGAUGCUAAUAUUUUAUUAGCUGUAUGCGAUGAUGGAACCAUCUGGAGAUGGGAUAAAAUCGCUUAAUAUUGCGAUUUUUACUAGAAUAAGUUUAUUAAUUUAAAACAACUUUAUUUUUUAUACUUACUAUUAAUAAACUAUUAAAAUUCA